AUGGGUUGGUUCGACGGCAGUUCGUCUGUCUCGGGAAGCGGCUGGGUACGCAAACGAUCGCCGCAUCGCUCAAAUUCCGUCUACUCCUCGCGCCAUUCCAGGCACUCGGCGCCAUCGAUAUUCAGUCUCGGAGGCGGCGGAAAGAACAGAUCCACCAGCUCAUUCUUCUCAGCCUCAUCCCAUUCACGAAAAGGCGUACGUCCUCGCUCUGGCUUCAUUGAGCGCAUGAUCCGCCGCAUCAAGCGUCUACUCCGAGACAUUUGGAGCUAUGCUCGUCGUCACCCAGUCAAAGUCUUCCUUUUCGUCAUCGUACCCUUGAUCACCGGAGGCGUCUUGCAGAAGCUGCUGGCCAUGGUUGGUUUGCGGCUACCGAGCGGCCUCGUUGGAAAUCGUUCCGAAUUCGAGCAAAUAAGCCGUCGUAGUAGUAGUUUGGGUGGAUUACGUGGAUUGGCUGGUGGUGUCGGCGGAGCUGGACUCGGGGAUAGCAUCAAUGGUUUGAUGACAGUUGCCAAAAUGUUCAUGUAG